AUACAUACAUACAGAGCAAAUAACAUACGUACAAACAUACAAAGCAUAUACAUACAUACAGAGCACAUAACAUACAUACAAAUAUACAGAGCACAUACAUACAUACAGAGAGAAUAUAUACUGUGAUACUGAGGCAGCAUGGAGGGCAAUGAAAGGGUGUUUUCCAAGACCUUCAUCCUAGGAGCGAGAGUGGACCCGAGGAGGACAUCCAUCACCUUAGACUCGUUUCUUCAUGUCCAACAACUCAGGAAGAAGCAGCUGAGAACAUUUUGCACGAAGAUUCCUCAUUUGCACAGUCUGAAUGCAUCGGAUUCUGCAGAACAUCUUCUGUCCAGAAUGAUGCUGAGCCACAAGCUCAUGACGCUUUACUGUAAGUCGGCCGAUGUGACCAUCGAGGGUUGGGAAGAGCUUGUACAGUCCAUAGAGAGAAGAUCUGAUGUCACCCUAAGGAAGCCCCUACCUGUAGAGGAUUCAGGUCCUGACAGUUUGGCCAAGUACAACCCAACCAUGUUGGCCCAAGUCCUUCGAACUUACACCAAGGUCCUCUUUAUCAGGGAUCCUUAUGAGAGGCUUGUAUCCCUCUACCUGCACGGCAAUGCCGGAGCGAUCACCUUCGAGGAGUUCAUUGAAGACAUCCUGAUGAUGGAGGCCGGGGAGGGCGGCAUCUCCUCCAGCUCCAUCAUCCACUUAUGUUCUCCUUGUUUUGUCCAAUAUGACUACAUAGUGAUGACCGAUUUCCUCAAGGCUGAACUACCUCACCUGUUGAAGAGAAUGGGUCUACCGGAGUCAGUGGAGCUUCCGGCCUCCAUAGACCAAGACAAUAAGGCGACAUCAAGGUGGCUCUCGAAAAACUUAUUCCGUGGGCUCCGCCAGGAACAGUUCAAGCAGGUCUCUCAGCUCUACUCGUGGGACUUUGCCGCCUUCCCAUUGCGCAAUAGUUUGGUUGGGAAUAGGGCUAUGGGCAAAAAUGUCUCAAGAAGAUUAUAAUCUGGAUUAUAUAUUAUUUUGGUGUUUAGUAUUUUAUUUUAUUUUUUUUUCAUUUCUUUUCUUUCUUCCAAUGCAAACAAUAACAUUCUUAAAGGGGUAUUCCGGCCUUAUACAUCUUACCGCCUAUCCAAAGGAUAGGGGAUAAGAUGUCUGAUCGCACGG